AUGCGCGACAAGGCCAGACUGCCACCGCCGCCGCCGCCGCCGCCCAAGCCGAAAUCACUAACGGGCCAACGAACGAAUUCUCAGUCUCAGUCUCAGUCGUCUCCUUCACGGAAGAGCAAACGAGGCCUCGGUUGGCCGUGGGAUUCGGCAGCUUCCCAGUUCAAAUUGUACACGCCGUACUACUCGACCGGCAGGAUCAGCUGGGUGUUCAACUGGGAGCUGUGGGUGCCGGAGUCGAUCCCGCCAGACAUCGAAUGGAUACCGUGUGUGCGCACGGCGGCCAACGCAAAGGACAUUGACGCAUUCCUCACCGACAUCAUCUUCGGACGCGGGAUCAAGACGGAGGCACUCCUUGGCUUCAACGAGCCCGAGAUCAGCGACCAGGCCAACCUCAGCGUCGGCGCUGCGGUGGAUCUGUGGCGGAAUGUGCUCGCGGCGAAGACCAAGUUUGGCCUCCGAAUAGGAAGCCCAGGCAUGAGCAGCGACGUCUCGAGGAGCGUGCCGUGGCUCACGGAUUUUCUGUCUCGGCUGAACGGCGACGACGGCAUCGAUUUCCUCGUCGUGCACUGGUACGGCCCCCGGUUUGAGGACUUCCGGACGUUUCUGGAACACAUGCAUUCCACGUUCAAGUUGCCCGUGUGGGUGAACGAGUUUGCUUGCUCGACCAUGGGCAACGGCGAGGCCAGCCAGGAUGAAGUAAUGGCGUUCAUGGACGAGGCCCUGCCGUGGCUGGACCGCUGCGAAUGGGUCGAGAGGUAUGCCUACUACGGACACGGACAGCACAAGGACGUGGGAUCCUGGGUGGGACGAGCGAGUAAUUUCACAGAGUCAGCAGUGGAAGAGCCGCCGUCGCCGCCACCACCAGGCACUACAAGUACUACUUCUACAGUAGUUUCGGACGCGCGGAGGCUGAGUAGAGUCGGCAGACACUACUGUGAGCUGUGA